CUGACGAGUGCAGUGUUCGGCUCGCUGGAAUGCUCGUCGCUGGGCCCGCCUCCGCAAAUACCGCGCGGCCCUGCUUCGCGGGCACCCCGCGCGGGGUUGCUGCGGCUACGCUCCUCGCAACCGCUCACAUCCGUUGGUCGGGCGCUAUCGCGCCUCUGGAAUAAAAUUAGCCUAAUAUUUAGUUACCCCAAUACUAAGAUUUAUUUAUUUUAUGGGGACAGUUUGGGGGACGUUUAA